AUGAUUCAACUUCCUGGAGACGGAGUGGAUGUUUUGACAUACAAUGGACAGCCGCUUGUAAACACGGCAUUUCCAGAGAUAGGGUGCAAGGCCAGGGCCAGGGUGGUCAAGGUGACAUUCACACAGGUGGUUGUGCAGAUAUUUGAGAUAGAAAAGAGAAGAACAGCCAUUGAGUACAGAGGGAUCUUCAGACAGAUGGACUUCGAUCCAAAUGCGCAUUUGUGUGACAAGUUUAGAAAGGGGGAUGUUGUUGAAUGCACUAUUCUGUCCUACGGAGACAACGGAAUAUUUGUGAAUUUUUGA